CAUGUGCGUAGAGCCCCUAGCAGCCUAUCAGCAGAGCAGGGUUCCAACAAACAUGUCUCUUGCAAAAGUAUAAUCUCAUACAGACGGUCUUGGGGUAUAAAUAAACGCAAGUAUCUCACGCCAAACCAACCAACGCAAAUCAGGAAUAUAAAACUACACAACGUUGCUAUGGCUUACAACAUUCAGACCGCACGAAUUCCAACCUCUUUGUACCGCCAACCAUCCAGUUCUAUCAAAAAUGACAACUCUUCAAACGAUGAACUUUUCAGUUCAAGUCCGAGCUCAGUUUCCAGCCACAACAAAUCGAUGGAUAAUCAAACCACUGCCAGGGACUUUGAAGUAAAAUUGUCCAGAGUUACAGUGAAUUUUACCCCCGCCGAAAUUGCCACUCUCAAAGCCACUUGGUCGAUGGAAGCAAAGGACACCAAUAGUGGGGACAUUGCUGACCCCAAAAACACCCUAUUUGGAACUACUAGCUUCUGGGAGCAUGUGUAUAGCCUCGUGGGAGAGGAGCAUCCCGAAGUUGUGCACCUGCUCCCCCCGAUCACCCACCAGACCCAGGCCUUCUCAGGUAUGGUUUACCUCUGUAUAAGCAACUUGGACAAUCUCUCCAGGCUAGAUGAGUAUUUGGCAAGCUUAGGAAGGAGACAUAGUCGAGUGUUCAAUGCUCUGCGGCUCCACUUCGAAGCGAUGGGCUCAGGGGUGCUUAAAUCGUUGUAUAACCACUACGGUGAAGCUUUUACCGCGGAUAUAUCCGAUGUAUGGGCCCGAUUUUACUGUUUCCUUGCCAACUCAUUGCUCCAGGCCUCACUUUACGACCCAGUCAUGUCUCAAGAAAAACUCACCUUCCCUGCCGUGAUGAAAGAUAAUACAAUAAUCCAUAGGGCUCAGGUUGAGUCUGAGUCCAGAAAGAACAUGGCUAGUGCUGAAGGGGAUGUUUCGGAGAAAAAUAGAUCGGGGAGGGAAGGUGGAGACCGAGAAGUUACGGCCUUCCGGGCUAGGCAGAGACAGAUUGGUUCGUUUGCAUCUAGAUUGUUUGCGCGUAGAGAAUCCCAACUCCGGCUCCAAAGCCCCGCCACUACACCCGUCCCAUACAAUCAGGUUUGAGUAAUUGCAUAGAAUAAUCAAGCUUUCCACCUAGUUAUUUCAGACACAUAGCAAAGUCACAAUCCGGCGAGCACCAGAUUCAAUUUAA